GGGUCGUGGCUGGCGGGGGUUGGGGGCUGCCCCGCUCCGUUCCGUCCCCUGUGGUGUCGGCGUGGGUCAUGGAGGAGCUGCACGCUCGCAUCGAGGCCCUGGAGCGGCGGCUGGAGCGGGCGGAGGCGGCGCUGAGGGACAGGGAAGCCUGGGGGCUGCGGUUGCCCUCGGUGCCGGUGACUUUCAAGGAUGUCUUUGUGCAGUUCAGCAGGGAGGAGUGGGCCCUCCUGGAUGACGAACAGAAGGAGCUGCACGAGAGCGUGAUGCAGAGCAACUACGAAAUGCUGGCGUCCCUGUGCUGUGACUUAGCCAGGCCUGGAGUCCUGUUGCAGAUGGAAAGAGGAGAGCCAGGCAUGCCAGCGGAGCCAGACUGGGAGGGUACAGCAGUGUCCCUGAAGCCAGCUGCAGAGCUCGACUGUCCUGGCUCUGUGAGCGGCGAAGCUCUGCUGCAGGUGGAGGCAAAGCAGACUCCUGAGGGGAGAUGCGGGAGCCUGGAGGACAGCGGGAGCCCAGCAGAUGCACCUGACAGUACUGCACCACACGUCCCUCAGGAAACCAUUGGCGCCCCAGCGGACCUCAGCCACGCAGCUGCCUCCCCUCCCUGCCCCAUCUCCACGUGCUGCCAGGAAGCGCUGACCCUGAGCCUGCCUCCAUCUCCUCCCCCUGCAGCAGGUGCUGAGGUGAGGAUCCCAGAAGAGGUCCUGCAGGAGGGGAUUGGCAUAGAGGAGGGUCUGCAAAAGGAAGACUUGAAAGAUGCAGGGAGCAGUGGCCAGGAUCUGGCAGCAGAUGCUCCCGAAGAGCCGGGUAGGGAGGAGAUGCCAGACCUUUGCCAAACAGCAGCACACGUGGAUCCCAGCAGCUCGGCUGACCUGCUGGGAAAGCCAGUGAGAAGCGCGGGCAGGACCGCUGCCUGCCAGCGAAACUCGUCCCGAGAGAAGUUCUACAGGUGCGUGGUGUGCGGGAAGAACUUCUUGCUCAAGAUCAACCUCAUCAUCCACCAGAGGAGCCACAGCAACUGGGUGCCGUACGUCUGUAUCGAAUGCGACCAGGCCUUCAUGUCCAAGAAGAAAAUCCGGCGUCACCUGCGGAUCCGGGCGGCCACGGGCUUCUGUCCACCCUCUGACACCAAGGGGUGCUCCAGCCUGGUGCCCUGCGCGGCCGCCCAGCCCCACGACCAGGGCAGCGGCAGCGGGGAGCAAUGGGAGAAGCCCAGCCCCAACCGGUUCCCGCUGUCCCCUCAGAAAAUUAUGUAUACGUGUACCGAAUGCAUGGAGAACUUCUCCAGCCAGAACUUUCUGGUGCUGCACCAGAGGACGCACGCUGACCAGCAUCACUUCACCCUGUGUCCCUGCUGCAACAGGAGCUUUGCCUGGGCCUCCGAGUUCGUCCGCCACCGCCAGAGCGACGCGGGCAGGAAGGCGUACUGGUGCGGAGAGUGCCAGAAAGCCUACAAGCGGCACGACCGCCCGCGCGGGCACCAGAAGACCGACGUGAGAAGGGAGAGCCCGUACGAGUGCAGCAGCAAGCUGCCUCUGCAGAUUGCACCCGUUUUAAGCAUGGAUGUGUGAAAUAGGAGGUGUAGGUGAGGAGGGUGAGAGGAGGGCAAGGGGUUGACUUCUGGGGAUGGGGCUGCUGCCGUCCCUUCUCCUCUCGCCAUCCUCGACCAUGGGCUCUGGGCAGCGUGGCUGGGGCUCAUCCCACCCUACCCAGCUUCCAUGGCCUCGUGCUCCUCGUGCCUUAGGGCGGGAGGAGCAGCUGCAGCGGGCAAGAAGCUGGUUUGGGACUCUGGCUGUGGGAAUCAGGUUGCUCCACACAGCUGCAUGUAGUAGCUGUGCUGCACUGCUGCUGGAAAGCCUCCAGAAUCAUAGAAUUCAUGUAAAAUCAUGGUAUCGUACAGUUUGGGAAAGAUCUCUGCGGUCAUAAAAUCCAACUGUCGACCCAUCACUAUCGUGCCCACUAAACCACGUCCCUACAUGCCAUGUGUAGGUUGGAUAUUAGGAACAAUUUCUUCUCCAGAGAGCAGUCAGACACUGGCACGGGCUGCCCAGGAAGUGAGUGUCUCACUGUCCCAGGAGGUGUUCCAGAACCAUGGAGAUGUGGCACUUGGGGACAUGGUCAGUGGGCAUGGUGGGGCUGGGUGGGGUUGGGGAUCUCAGAGGUCUUUUCUGACCUUAAUGAUUCUGUGAUUCUGUGAUCUGCCUUUUUGUUGAACCCCCCCUUCUCCCCAGGACAGUGACAGUGACUGGGCAGCCUGUGCCAGUGCCCAACCACUCCUUAGAGAAGAAGUAGUUCCCAGUAUCAACCCUGACCCUCCCUGUGCACAACAUGUUUAAAAACCAUUCGGAUGUGGUGCUCGGGGACAUGAUUGCGGUUGGACUUGAUGAUCUUGAAGGUCCUUUCCAACCUCAGCUAUUCUAUGAGCCCACCCCCUCUCGUCCCAUCACUGUUACCUGGAGCAGAGGCUCCAACCUUUCAGGAGCUGUGGGGAGCGAUGCGGUCUCCCCUGAUCCCCCUUCUGCUCUGGACUGACCCAUCCCACUCCCUCAGCUGCUCCCCACACACAGCAGAGUGCUCCAGACCCCCGCAGCUUUGUUACCUUUAUUUGGACACCCUCCAGCACCUCCAUGUCCCACCACAGCUGCAGUGUCCUGUGUUUCUGCCCUUCCUGGAGCUCCUCCGCUGGGCCAGGCCCUGCUGCUGGCAUAGGGUCUCCCCCCUGCCUGGAUGAACAGUGGGGGAUGAGGGGCCAUCUUAGAGCUGUGAGGAGUGAGCUUAGGGGGGAGGAAUUUGGAGGUAAAAUGGUGGAAUUUGGGAGGGUGCACUCUGUGUCGGUUGAGUGUUGCUGGUGGGCAGUGACAGAACGAGGGUGGGUUGUGUUGGAAAAUAACAUGGGGAGGGGAUCCCGCUUCCCUGUGCCUUUGUGAUGGGGGCUGUGCUGUGGGGCAGGCUGGUUAACUGGCUAAUUAAACGAGUCCUGGGAA